AUGUUGGUGCUAUUGCAAUUAGCUGCAUGGGCAGCCACCGCCUCUAGCUCCUUGGUGGCGAAGCCAGGCUGCCAGGCGCGAUGCGGCGGCGUCGACGUCCCCUACCCGUUCGGCAUCGGCGCCGGCUGCUUCCGUCCCGGCUUCGAGAUCGCCUGCAACAACAUGACGCCGUUUUUGCCGGACGCCACCGUUGGAGGUGACACGCACCUCGCCGAGCCCGUGCGCGUGCUGCACCUGACAGUGGCGCCGAGCGCGCAGGUCCAGGUGCUGGUGCCUGUGGCGCACCGGUGCUUCGACGCGGCCGGCAACGAGACUGCCGGCAGCUUCGACGGCAGGCUGAACAUCAACGAGCUGGGCGUGUAUCGCUUCAACGAGACCGCCAACGAGCUCUUUGUCCUGGGCUGCAACACCCUCGUCUACGCCAGCAGAGGGAAGUCGAGGUCCCAGGUCUGGAACGAGUCAACCGUCGCCUACUUCAGCGGGUGCGUGGCCUACUGCAACAGAGUCCAGAAGCCGCGGGACGGCAAGUGCAACAGCGUCGGAUGCUGCCGCAGCGAAAUCUCGCCGUUUCUCAAAAGCCCCAGCAGGAUGAGGUUCGAGAAAUGGGCGCGCGCCCGCAUCGACUUGAGGCACUCCUGCAGCUACGCCUUCAUCGUGCAGAAGGACCACUACAUUUUCAAGGCCGCCGACCUGGAGAGGACCCCGGAGCCGAACCCGGCCAAGCGAUGGAGCAUGCCACUUUGGCUCGACUGGGCCAUCCGCAAUAAUGAUAGUAGCUCCUCGUUCUGCCCUGUGCCGGACAAGACGCCGGGAUAUGCUUGCAUGAGCAACCGCAGUAAGUGCGCCAAGUCCAUCAACGGGGAGGGAUAUUACUGCAUAUGCAACCAAGGCUACGAGGGCAACCCAUACCUUGAAAACGGAUGCACGGCUUCUACAUGCGCUACGUCUCGCCCACCCGAGCUAACUCUCAUGGGUGACAAACUGCAGACUCCGUUUUAG